AUGAGGUCCCUGCUUUCUGUUGCGUUUGCCCUGGUACCUCUGUUGACCCUACCCUGGCUCAGUCACGGAGUUUCCUAUUUUGGGGACAGCUACUGUGACAUACAAGCCAUCCAAGAUGUCUCCAGGUUCCACCUGUCACUGCAGUUCAAGACCAGCAGAGGCAGCGGUCUUCUCCUCUUGGCAGGUGGAGUUCAAGACUACCUGAUCCUGGAGCUUCAGAGUGGGAGACUACAGGUUCGAAUGGAUAUGGGGUCGGGUGAGCUGGAGCUAUUGUCACCCCUAGGUGUAUUACUGAACAAUCUCAUUGAGCACAAAGUAGUAGUCACCCUGGAGGACUCCAGACUGAUCCUGCUGGUUGAUGACCUCUACACCAGUCAACUGCCCCUCUCAAAAACCCAGGAUGACCUCAACAUUGACCUGGGAUUCUUCCUUGGGGGGACAGGGACCACAACAGCCCUAUACCUGGAUGGUGCAAUUCCUCCGCUGCGAGGCUGCAUUAGCAACGUGAGGUUCGAAUCCCAUAGCUUUGACAUCCUCAAAUCAGCUCCCAUAUCAUGCCACAACACCAAGGAAGGGUGCAGUGGAGAAUUUGAGGCUGGAGAAGGAGAAGCAAUGAGCUUCAUCAGCACUGACUCCUUCAUUUCCUACCCGACAUGGAGCACAGCAGCACCCAGGAUUGUGGAGCUGCAGAUGAAGACCACCAUUGUAGACGCCCUUCUGGUUUUCCAUGCUGGGCACCAAACCGAUUUUGUAGCUGUGGGCUUGGAAGAAGGUCAUCUCAAAGGGGUGGUAGACCUGGGAAGUGGACUCAAUGUCCUGAAAAACUCAGAGGUGAAAUUAGAUGAUGACCAGUGGCAUACAAUUAAAGUUCAAAUCAAUGAGAGUAUGAUUGAGUUGACCGUUGGCAGUAAUGCUGUGUCUAUGCCUCUGAAUGUCUUCGAAAGCUUAGAUCUCACAGGGAACCUGUACUUUGGGGGCGUAGAGGCAAAGAUGAAGGAAGUACACCAAGACAGUGGAGUUUUGACUCGCAUGGAGGAGGAAAUCACCUCAGAGUCAUUCAUUGGCUGUUUAGGAGCGAUCAAAGUGAACAAUAGGGAGCAAAGCCUGCAGGAUGUUUUGGUGACCAAAGACAUUCAUGUGAAAUGUGAGGGAGAGGAGAUUGACGACUCCAACGAAAGGCAUUGCCAUCCAACAGAUGACUUGCCAGAAAUGCUUCAGAACAUCACCAAGCUGCUUGACAUGAAGCCCUUGUUUGUUCCCGAAGGUGGGGAGGCUUUUCUUGACAUUAACCACCUCAGCCCCACCAUAGAUCUGAACAAGGUGGGACUCAGGCAAUCACAGAUCAUCUUCACCCUUCAAAACAACCCCUGGUAUGGACUGGUUGACAUGAACAUCAACAACAGGAGGACCAAAAAGUUCACCCUCCUUGAUGUGGUCAAUAAGAAAAUCAAGUAUCUCCACAACGGCAAUGAGAAGUACGGAGAUCAGAUACAGUUGGAGGUUGUCGCUCAUGGGCAGAGUGACCUUCCGGACUGCUUGAAAAACCCCUAUCAGUAUGUCCUUCCAGUGGAGGUCAUACCUGUCAAUGAAGUUCCUCAAGUGAGGGGCAGUGAAAUCUCAAUCACAAAGUAUGGGCGUACCCGUUUCAGCACUGCGUUGAUCAAGACUGUGGAUUCUGACAUGCAGUGCGAUGAACUGAAAGUCAUAGUCACCUCCAAACCUAUUGCUGAGGAGGGGUAUUUUGAAAAUGCCCAGCAACCAGGAAGGAGCAUAGAUGAGUUUACAUGUGAACAGCUGAAAGAUGGAAUAAUUUACUAUGUCCACAGAGGUGGAGAAGUAGCACACCUGGUCUUGCAAGUGUCAGAGGGACAGUCCAUCAGGCAGGUCACCACUUUCAACCUGAUAGCCACACCGCCUCAGAUGACCCUUGUCACAAAUACCGGCCUUCUUCUUCCACAGGGCCAGAGUUCCAUCAUUGGGAUCCAGAAUCUGGCAGUGACCUCCAUUCCGAGGAAUGGGGUCAUUGUGUAUAAUGUUACACAGGCAUUGAGGUUUGGAGAACUGCAGAUUCUGACAAGUGAUGGUGUGGUUAGGCCAGUGAUGUCAUUCCAGCAGUUUGACUUAGAGCGAGGUGUUUUGAGGUACAUCAGCACAGACUGGAGUGAACGUGAAGAUAUAGCAGUUGAACACAUCCAGUUCAACGUGUAUCUUGGGAUGUUAACACUGCCCGGCACUUUUAUAAUUAAGAUCAUUCCAUCUGAGGUAAAAAUGGCUGCAAUGGUCCCUCUAGAAGUUGGAAGAGAAGAGCAAAAAGCUAUAACACAAAAAGAACUUGAGGCUGUUGUGAGAGGAAAAAAUGUAUAUCCAGAAUCUGUGAAGUAUACCCUCAUGAAGGCUCCGACACUGGGUACUUUGCUGUUGCGCGGAAAGGAGCUAAUGGUGGGAGACAGUUUCACACAGCACGAUCUGUGGGAUUCUCAUCUCAACUAUAAAGUAAAAGUCAGCAGAACUGGGAAUAUGGAGGACCAGUUCCAGUUCAGAGUCCAUACAGGAAACCAUUACUCCCCGGUCUACACCUACCCUAUAAAGAUCCUAGCCGAUGCUGACAUACCAGUUCUGACUAAUGAAAGACUUGUUGUUUUGGAAGGCAGAGAGAAUGUCCUGAACAAGGACCACCUCUGGGUUCAAACUGGAAUCUCAAUGGAUUUUCUGUACAAGGUCACAGAGGGUCCUAGAAAUGGUCAUCUUAUCCGGGACUCCCCACCGGGACAGCCUAGAUUUGAAGGAGCCAUUAAAGUGUUCAGCAAUGAGGACCUGCUUUUGGACCGACUGAUCUACAAGCAUGACAGAUCAGAGACUAGUGAAGAUGAGUUCACAUUCUUGGCUUUCAAUCAAGCCAGAGGACACAAUCCGACCCAGGGGCAGGAGUCCAUCAGUGGUGUGUUCAGAAUCUCUAUACAGUCUAGUAAUGAUCACGUUCCAGUCAGAGUUGUGGACAAAGUCUUCAAUGUGGUACGUAACGGGCAGCGCCUGCUGACCACAGAUGACAUUUUGUUCAGGGAUGAGGACUCUGGUAUCAAUGACAGCCAGCUAGUCUACAUGCGCGCAGGAAUCUUGUCAGGGAACAUUGUUGCAGCACAGGAUAGUUCUCUUCCCCUCUUCCGAUUCACCCAGGCUGACCUGAGAGAGAAAAAGGUCCUUUUCAUCCACCAUGGGGCAGAUCGUGAGACGUUCCAGCUCCAGGUCUCUGACGGCCUGCACAAAACUACAGCUCUGCUCCAAAUUCAAGCCAGCGAGCCCUACCUCCGUGUGGUGAACAACACUAUGGCCAUCAUCCACCCUGGCAGCACCAAGACCCUGGACACUAGCUUACUCAAUGUGGAGUCUAACACUGAUAUCCGGGACCCAAGCGAGAUUCAAUAUGAGGUGACUUCGCCCCCUAGUGAAGGGACAAUCAUCGUCAGCGGAAUAGAGGCUUCUUCCUUCACCCAGGAAGACCUGAUAAGAGGUGUGGUGUCAUAUCAGCACAAUGGCCAAGGGCUGGAAUUGAAAGACGCCUUCAGUUUCACAGUACAGUCCAAAGGUGUCUCUGACUAUGGUACAUUCAGAAUCAAGAUAUUCAAGGAAGGAUACCCAUCAGAGCCAGAGGUUAUCAUCAAUAAGCUCAUCAUCUCUUAUGAAGGAGAAAACACAGUGAUCAACAAGGAUCAUCUCAGGGUGGAACAGGCUGACAUCCUUCCCUCAGAGAUGAUGUACACCAUCAAACGGCCACCUAGCCUUGGCCAUGUCGUCAAGGUGACCAACGGCUCCUCUCUGGACUACAUCCACUCCUUCUCCCAGGAGGAAAUAAACAAUGAUCAGAUCCUCUUCAUUCCCAUGCCCACCCCAGGUGGGGACUCUUUCACCGUGGACAUCACCAAUGGAUUUGUGACACUGGAGGACAUCCAGGUUGCUGUGGACACUGUCCCAGGGCAGGUCCCUUUCCAUGGCCUCAACUUCACUGUCAGGGAGGGCAGCGGUGUGGCACUGACCCAGGACCUCCUCAACAUCACACACUCCUUCUACAGCUCUGCUAACAUCGACUUUGUGGUGGAGGAAGCCCCUCAACACGGUGCCAUCCGCUACAUGGAUGGCGACGAGGAUGACCUGACUGCCUUCACCUGGGAUGAUGUGAAAGGAGGGCUCAUCUACUACCUGCAUGACAGCAGCGAGACCAUAGAGGACCACUUUACUCUUCUUGCGUCCGCUUUCGAGAUUGGCAGAACCAGUGAGCCGGUCACCAUUGGCAUCACCGUGCUGCCGGUCAAUGACGAGCCACCAAGGCUGACCCACAACACUGGGCUGGAGGUUCUCUCAGGGGAGGAUGCUGAAAUCACUGGACAUAUGUUGAGUACCGAAGAUGCCGACACCCCUCCCGAGGAGCUGGUUUAUUCCAUAGAGACGCCUUCCAAUGGGAUUGUAGCCCUCAGAAUGUCGCCUGGAGACAGCAUUCAAAAUUUCACUCAGGCUCAAAUUAACAGCGGGGAUGUUGUCUUUACCCACAAAGGCAGCCAAUUGGGUGGUUUCACUUUCACGGUGACAGACGGAGAGCACACGUCGCCCCUGUACCGUUUCCUGGUCACGGCCAGGCGGAUUACCAUCUCCAUGGAGACAGAGGAGGAGCUCAUGCUGUUUCCAGGUACAAGGAGGCCAAUCACAGGUGACAUCCUGAAGGCGGUGACCAGUGAGGGUGGGGACGAGAUAACAUAUGCUGUGCUGAGAGCUCCUCGUUUCGGCAGGCUGAUUUCGCUUAACCACAAAAAACAGUUUAAGGAAGUCUCUAGGUUUAGCCAAUCAGAGCUGGAUUCUGGGUCUAUAUUCUACGAACACCAGAUACCUGAGGAGCCUUUUUGGGUUGUUAUGGACUCUGUCGAGCUCCUGCUGUCCUCUGGCCCAGCCCAGGCGAAGGAGCACACCCUCCCCGUUACCAUUUCGUUCUUAGCUGAAAACCGCAACGGCUCAUCCCAGCUCUGGAAAAACACAGGUCUUGACAUUGUGCGAGAUCAGAGGAAGGUGAUUGACAGCUCCAGGCUAGAUGCCUCCAACCUCCUGGCCAGCAUCGCGGAGUCAGAACAAGCCUUCAUGGAUGUCAUGUUUGAAGUGAAGCAAUUCCCAGCUCAUGGAAGACUUGUACUUGGUGACCUAGACCUGCCCAAGGAAUCUCCUUAUUUCCUGCAGGAAGACCUAGACAAAGGUGACCUGGAAUACCUUCAGCGGUAUUCAGAUGCCUCAUCUGACAGUUUCACCUUUCGUGUGUACCUCAAGCCCAAUGUAAGAGGCCCUCAGGUCCCAUCCCCAGCUGCUGUAGUCCUGGAGGAGACCUUCAACAUCUCCAUCAGGCGCCGUGACUACAGCCCACCAGAGCUGGUGAGCGUGGACCUCCUGCUGGAGGUCCUGCAGGGCUCUGCCGUGGUCCUUACCCAAGAGUACCUCAACACUAUCGACCAGGACAACACGCCUGCUGAGAUCAUCUUUACUGUGACCAAGGGCCCUGCCAACGGUCUGCUGGUGGACACAGAGUCCAACGACCAAAUCGAGAAGUUCACCCAAGAGGACAUCAACGCUGGACGAGUGACAUUCAUCAGUGAUGGGAGCUUGGCCGACGGGUUCAUGGAGUUCAGUGUCUCCGAUGGCAGACACCGGACAGAGUCACACACCCUGCACAUCGGCAUACUGGCCAGGGCCCUGUUGUUAGCCAAGGCAGAGGAGAUCCACGUAAGGCAAGGGGACGACGAGACCCUGAUCACUGAGUCCAUGCUGAAAGCCACCACAGGCGGGCCAAAUGAGGAGGAGGUCAUCUACAAGAUUACGAAUAUCCCUGAGUAUGCUGCUGUCAUGGUGGAUCGGCAGCCCACAUCUGCCUUUUCCCAGAAGCAGAUCAGGGAGGGCAGGGUGAGUGUCCGAUUUGUCAAGUCUACCUCCCCGAGGGACACUGUGGCCAUCGUGGCCCGUAGCAGGGCGGCUAACAUCUCCACCAUCCUGAACAUCACCGUAACUCCCCUGGUGAACCUUCCACAUGACCCUCUCCUACCACAAGGUGCGACUGUCCUUGUGGACACUAAGCUCCUGGAUGCCUCACUGUUGGCUAACAAGACAAAUGCAGUGCCAACAUUCCACAUAGUCUCACAGCCACGGUCAGCCCAGUUUGUAAGGGUAGGAGGAGCAGCAGAUGGCCAACCAGUGAUGAGCUUCACCCAAAGAGAUGUGGAGGAGGGCCAUGUUGCCCUGCAGGUGCCGGGGGACACUGGAGCAGGGGACAAGGUUGAGGAGGAAGAGGUCAAGUUCAUCCUGAGGGCACACGGAGUACCGCCCGCAGAGGGGACCCUGUCCUUCAGGACAGUCCCCUACGACCCUUCCGUGACGUACAGAGCCAAAAUCCUCAAAGUUCCCUCCAGUGGCUCUGUGGUGGACAGGAAGGAUGCUGCAGGCAGGCAGAGUCCUCCUCGCACUACACCACCAGGCUCAAGAUGGAGAGGUAAUCUGGGCUGGCCCGAGGGGGCUAACCCAACCACUGCACAUACAGAUUUUGGCUCCCACAGGAAACCUGUGGUCUCCAUGCAGAGGAACCUGUGGGCCAUCCUCAUCCCCAUCCUGGCCAUUCUUCUGCUCCUUUUCCUGGCAGCCGCUGUGGCCUACUACCUGGUGCGGCGGAACAAGACAGGGAAGCAUAAUGUUCAAACCGCUUCCCCAAAGCCCAAAAAUGGGGAGGUCAAGCAGGAGACCUUCCGCAAAACUGACCCGACCAACAACAUCCCUAUGUCAAAUGUGGACUCCAAAGAGCCUGAUCCGGAGCUGCUGCAGCACUGUAGGACAACCAAUCCAGCUUUGAAAAAGAACCAGUACUGGGUAUGAGGAAUGCAGGGGAGGCCAGGCCAAGAGACACAGGACCUUUAUGAUUUGAAGCAUUUUAUCCAGGCUUCUCAGAAUCAUUCCAUUCAGUAUUACAAACCUCUUUGCUAUUUUUGUGUUUAGAAUUUGAGCAGUGCAUAUUUGAUUUAAUUUCUGUUCAGGGCUUACCAGAAUCCAGUCUGCCCACCUGUCCUCAGGUUAUCAAACACUGAAAAUCUUUAUUAGUUGCAGUAAAAAGAAGCAAACAUUAACCUAAAUGAGAAAAGCUUUGAUAUUGUGUCUAUUUAUUGUAUAUCAAAUGUUGCUGGAUCUACAGGAUUUCUACAGAGCCCAAAUAAGGACACAAAUUGAACUGAAA